AUGUGUCCGUCCGGGGCCGCGACGGCGGGGCGGAAGCGCAAAGGUGCGUCCGGUCGCCCACCCACCGGCAGCAAGCGCCGGCGGGCCCCUGAACCGGAACCGGCGCAGGAGGCCAGCGGCUGGGCCUCUCUCCCGACCGACAUCGCAGGCCUCGUCUCCGGGCGAUUGCUGGGCGAGGACGUGGUGGACUACCUCACCUUCCGCGCCGUCUGCUCGGGCUGGCGCGCCAGCACGUCCGACCUGGGCAUCCUCGCCCUGAGCAAACCGCAGCUCCGCCCGCGCGGCUGGAUCGCGCUCUGCGACGGAGACGGGGCGCCCCUGGACGGUGCCGGCGAGAUCACCUUGUUCAACACGCGCACGGCGCGGCGCCUGCGCGUCCGCCUCCCCGACCUCCGGUGCCACAGGGUCGUCGGCUUCACCGACGGCCUCGUCAUCCUGCUGCACAAGCGCACCACCGCCGUCCGCGUGGUCCACCCCUUCACCCUCGCCACGGUCCAACUCCCGCCCCUCGCCCCUGCCUUCCGCAGUGCGAUUAAGGACCGAGAAGCUCUGUUCAGCAUGAGCGCCUUCGUCUGCUCUUCACCUACGGCCCCCUUUUCAGUGGUGGCCCGUUUCCCUUGGAGACCCAUGGUGCUCUGGACACAGCCAGGCCGGCUGAGGUGGGAGGUCAUUCACCAUGGCAUGGUGGAGCUUCAGAACUUGUUGCCCUUCCAAGGCAUGCUCUUCGCGAUCACCAAGUGGAGGGAGGAGAUAGUAAUGGUGUACCCUCCACGCAAAAUCUCCAUGGCCUACUCUUCGCUAGCCGACCCGUCGAUAUGCCGCGAGUACCUCGUGGAGGUUGCCGGGCGGAUGAUGCUCGUGCUGCAGCUUGGAAACGAUGACAGGGCAUGCCCAAAGUAUGCCUUCAGGAUCUUCGAGGUGGACAUCUGGCGCCAGAAGCUGCUGCCCAUCUGCAAUCUUGGUAGCCGGGCUUUGUUUCUCAACAGUGACAGAUGCCUGUGUGUCCCGACCAUGAGCUUGCCAUCUCUCUGCAGCAAUUCGGUUUAUUUCUCUCUGCCAAGCAGCCCCGCUGUGAUGCAGUCUCUGUCGAGUGUAUUGUCCGAGGACCUAGCGGCGCUGUGCCAGAUACACGACAUGAAGGAGAAGACUCGCCCGUCUGUGCGACCUUUCACCAUUGCUCAUCAUCUUCUCACGUAUUGCAAUCAUAUGGAGUGGGCGAGGGGGCUCAUGUUUCAUGAGUACCACUAUAUACCAGACUCAUUCCAGGAACUAAAGAAGAAAAUAAAGGCACACUGUUCUCAAGUGCACAUUCCGCGUACUGGAAGUGGAACAGGAGGUUCAAAGGCAAAACGUUGCCAUAAUUAA